UUAGACUUCUCUGGUUUUGUAAGCUGUGAGAGAAGAACACAAGAGGCGGCGGAUAUGGUGUCGUUGAAGCUUCAGAAGCGGCUCGCCGCCAGCGUUCUCAAGUGCGGAAAGGGAAAGGUUUGGCUUGAUCCAAAUGAAGUCAACGAUAUCUCCAUGGCCAACUCCCGACAAAACAUUAGGAAGUUGGUUAAGGAUGGAUUUAUCAUCAGGAAACCAACUAAGAUCCACUCGAGAUCUCGUGCACGAAGAAUGAAGGAAGCUAAGCGAAAGGGUCGUCAUGCUGGAUAUGGUAAGAGAAAGGGUACAAGGGAAGCAAGGCUGCCAACAAAAGUGUUGUGGAUGAGAAGGUUGCGUGUUCUAAGGAGGCUGCUGCGAAAGUAUCGUGAAGCUAAGAAGAUUGACAAACAUAUGUAUCAUGAUAUGUACAUGAAGGUGAAGGGUAAUGUUUUCAAGAACAAGAGAGUGUUGAUGGAAAGCAUUCACAAGUCUAAGGCUGAGAAAGCAAGAGAGAAGACUUUGUCUGAUCAAUUUGAGGCUAAGCGUGCUAAGAAUAAGGCUAGCAGGGAAAGGAAGUUUGCUAGAAGGGAAGAGCGUCUAGCUCAGGGACCAAUUGAGAAAGUUGCCGAACCCACUCCAGUAGCACCUGCACCUGCAACUAAACCUGCUCAGGGAGGUAAGAAAUCAAAGAAGUGAUGGUAAAAGAUGGAGUAGUGUUGGCUUCACACAUGUGUGAUUUGUUUUUUGGUUAUUUUGUGGUAAUGUUUUAUUUAUAUCCAGAUAUAAGGAGAAGGAUACUUUUGAAAUUUUCUAUCUUCAGAUAUUUAUUUGAAUCUUAAAUGAUCAGUAUGAGAUUUUUAUCAGCU